AUGCUCCAAGGAGGUGAAAACGUCCAUGUUUUAGGCGAAGAGCGAGGACCGAGCGUUAAUGUUGAAGGAGCGGUGAAGAUUAUGUCGGAAUCGAAGGUAGUCUCACCAAGCGUUUGGGCUCGAAUGAAGACUUAUAUCCAGAAUGUGAUCCUGUGCUCUAAGUUAUUAUGGUCAGGGUUGGCCCUCGUAUUUUACAGUCCAGAGAAGUUACUUGCGUUGGGAUACACUCCUGGCCGUAUGGUGUCCAUUUUAAAAAAAGCUGAUCCUGAAUUCACAAUAACUAAAGGGUAUCUAGAAAAGGGUGAAUUGGUUCAUCCUUUGAAGCUUUUCGUCAACUUGAACAAACAGUACAAGCAAUUACUGACGGAUGGAGGCGAUUUAUCAACGGUGAGUGAAUUACUCCACCACAUGAGUAAAACGAAGAAGAAAUUGUCAUGGAUCACUCGCCUACUCGCUCACAUGAAAAUGAUCAAAACAAGUCGCAUCCUCGAGAAAGGUCUUUCUCCUGAAAAGUUGCUUGAUCUGAACAUAUCGCCUUACUUGUACCUUGAGUGGGUGGUGAAGAAGAUUGGCGAUAUACCCAGUGAUCCAAAAUUGCAUGGAACAUGGGCAUCAACGACUGAAGCGAAGAAGUGGUUUAAAUGUGUUGAACUCUAUGAGGAGAAGUUUUCGGUUUCAAAGAAAUUUUCUGAUUAG